GCAGUGGGGACCCGGCGGGCGGCGGAGGGCCCCGGGGUGGGCCGCGGUCCCGCGCACUCCGAGCCACCUCUGUCCCCAGACCGCGUCCGCCGACUUCCAUCCGGCCUCCUCCUGCACCUUCCGGAAAGUUGUCACCUUUGGGUGGCGACCGAAGCCAGCGGCGGGACAUCUACUCUCGGUCAGGCCGUUUCCGUCCUUACCUUCUCUGCUCCGGUCACAAGUCUGUCUCCAGCUCCCAGGCCGGGCCACUUAAGCAGUGUUCAAGAAUACUUAUCGUCCUGCUUAGAUUUAAGGACGCCCUGGGCGUUACUAUCACAGUUAUUUAAUGAACACCCACCAGGGACCACCAGGGUGCCAAGUCCCAAAAGGACACACACAGCAGAGCAGGAAAUGUUCUGUCCUUUGGUCCUCAUAGUGGCAGACUUUAAAGAAACAAUACAUAGAAACAAAUGGCAAAGUACACAGAUCCUGAGAGUCCUGCCGAACACCUUUUCCACAGGCAUUCUUGUGCAGUCUGCAUCCAGAACACUCUCUGCAGGCACAGUUGGGAAGAUCAUGAGUUCAAGCUGGCCAGGGCACGCAGUGAGACCCCAUCUGAAAACAAACCAGAAACAGUUGUGGCAGUUUUACUCCAAGCAUCAGAGUGUGCGGGUCUGUCCUCUACAUCCUUACCAGGCUGCAGCCCACCCUUCUCUUUCUUCUGUAGCUAUGGGGACACUGAAGUCUAGCAAGACCGUCGAAGGGAAUGGUCAGCAUGAAGUGAGAAUCCAAGCACUCUGCCUGCAAUCUGCAGCUUUCACAUUGUGAUGUUGUUUCCCUAGCUGCCAGGAUGGCUGUUCUAUGAGGUCAUGACCGGCUCCCUCCCCUCCUGCUGCUUCCCCAAUGCUGCUCUCACCUGGUUUCUUUGGAGCCCAGCACUAUGGCUUCAUCCUCCUCCCCACCAGCAGCUCCCACCCAGGCCAAGAAGCCUCAGAGCAAGAUAGCUGACUGGUUCAGGCAGGCUCUAUUGAAGAAACCCAAGAAGACACCAGCCUUCUGGGAAAGCCCCUCCAAUGACGGCUCACAGAUGGCUUCACAGGAUGUUCUCCCACCCUCACAACUCAGCUCACCAAGCCUCAGCUCACCCCCAAGCCUCAGCUCAGUCAUGUCUUGCACCUCAUCACCAACACACGCAGACACCAGCAGUAGUGGCCGCUGGAGCAAAGACUACGACGUCUGCGUGUGCCACAGUGAGGAGGACCUGGCGGCUGCCCAGGAGCUGGUCUCCUACCUAGAGGGUAGCACUGCCAGGCUUCGCUGCUUCCUGCAGCUUCGGGAUGCUACCCCAGGUGGGGCCAUUGUGUCUGAGCUAUGCCAGGCGCUGAGCAGUAGCCACUGUCGUGUGCUGUUCAUCACCCCAGGCUUCCUUCAGGACCCUUGGUGCAAGUAUCAGAUGCUGCAGGCCCUGACAGAGGCACCAGGGGCCGAGGGCUGCACCAUCCCCUUGCUGUCAGGCCUGACCCGAGCUGCCUACCCUCCUGAACUCCGAUUCAUGUACUACGUGGAUGGCAGAGGCCGGGAUGGUGGCUUUUACCAAGUCAAGGAAGCUGUCAUUCGCUAUCUGGAAACACUUAGUUGAUACUUAAAUCUUCGUGGGACCCAGAAAGCCGAAGAAAAGCUGGAAAUAGCCUAUCUUGGGCUUUAGAUUCUAGUAGAUACCACAGGAGGCAAUAGAUGCCAGAGCCAACUGCACUUUACACACAACACAGGAUCAGAUUGCACACCAGCUUCCAUUACUGCAGGCUCCACAAGAAGGCCAGGAGGAAGAUGGGGACUCCCCCAAGAAGGCCAGCCAGGAGGAAGAUGGGGACUCCCCUUGAAAGGCCAGGAGGAAGUCAGGGACUCCCCCAGGAAGGCAAUGAGGAAAUCAGAAACUGAGAUGGCAGUGAUACUAGGAGGGUCAGCAGUGUCUCACCUGCUGCUUAAUUGGUUAGGAAGCUAGCAUACCGCUGUCUUCAGGUAUCAGACACUGGGUAGAUAGGCACUGGUUCUCAAGAGAGACAAGCCUGAUUGAUGAGCUAGAAGUCAAGGCUGCUGGCCAGAGCCUGGGUACUCUUCCCAGUUGCCUGGGGAGCCAGGAAGAGAUAGCAAGCGAAUGUAACAGGAGAAGGCAAUAGGUAUCAAGUCCUCCACACUCACUACUGCUGCUCUUUCCUAAAGAUAUUGACUCAUUUCACAAACCGAAUGAAAGGUGCAUUCAGCCCUGCACUGAAUUUUACUUAUUGUAUGAAUGUCAUUAGAAAUACAAACCUAGGCCGAGCAUGGUGGCAUACACCUUUAAUCCCAGCAUUCUCAAAAAGACCUAAAAAGCAAAACAAAACAAAAAUACAAACCUAGGUGGCUGGAGAAGUGGUUCAGCAGUUAAGGGUAUGUACUCCUUGUCUAGAAGACCCAGGUUCCGUUCCUAGCACCCACAUUGGAAUGCUCACAAAGCCUGUAUCUCCAGUUCUUUGGGAGUCUGAUGCCUCUAGCCUCUUUGCACACCUGUACUCAUGUUUACACACACACACACACACACACACACACACAGUUAAAAAAAAAAAAAAAACGGCAUAGUGGUACAUGCUUUUAAUCCUAGCACUUGGGAGGCAGAAGCAGGUGGAUCUCUGCAAGUUCAAAGCCAGCCUGGUCUAUAUCAUGAGUUCCAGCUCAGCUGGGGCUACAGGGAGACCCUGCCUCAAACAAAUAAGCAAAGAAAAAUAAUAUAAAGUAAAUCUUUUUUAAAAGUGCAAACCUAAGGCUACUACCAAUGGAGUCAUUGUUAGAGGACUUGCUUAGCAUGUAUGAUGGCUUGGGUUGGGUCUUCAGCACUACCAAAAAGAAAAUGAAAAAACAAACCUGGAAGCCAUUCAGAAUACACAGAGGAAGGAAAUGGAGAGAAGGAAAGCCUCGAUGCAGGACUCUGGCCCUUGGUGUGAGUCAAAACCCCGCUGACAGCCCAUGGUGGAGACACUGGCUGUCUUCAUUUGAACUGAGGAACCAGCAUCUUCAGUCCAGCAUCAGAAUGUAUUCCUCAUGACCAGCAAGGCUUCUGUGAGAACAAAUGUGUUCAGCUGAAUGUCACUGUCUCUCCCAGUGUAUACCUGGGCCUUUUCCUCCUAUCACACCCCUUUACUGACACUUUUUAACUUAGGAUUUUUUGUUGCAUACAAAGGGACUAAGGGAUACUAUGCAUUAUUCUCCUGUUCCUACCAGCCAGCCCAAGAAACCUGAUUCCUAAUGUGCUUCCUCCAUGCCCUAAAUUUCAAGCCCCUUGUCCCCACCAGAAAUAACCACUAUUUUGAAUAUGAACUUAGUUUUAGCUUUUCUGUUUGAAGUUUCUACAGAUGUAUGCACCCCAGCAACAUGUUUGAUUUUAUGACUUGCUAUUGUAUGCAGCUGGCAUUACAGUAUGUGUAUUCCUUCGUGAGGUUUAUCUUUGUUUACUACAUUUGUGAGGUUUAUCUGUGUUGAUGUGCCUCCCUCCUAAUUCCCUUUCAUUCCACUAGGUAAAUAAAUGACUGUUGACUCA